AUCCCCCGCAGGUGGUGGCACGUAUCGUUUUACGAGCGUUAGCGAUGAAGUUAGUAGCGACGUUGCUUCUGUCGCUAAUCAUUCCUCGUAGAUUAUUAUUCGCGCGUUUCCCCUUCGCCUUCGUUGUCAGUUUAUCGAUCCUCCAAGCGCACUGACGUUGGAUCCUCUGGCAUUCGUACGGGAUACGGGAAAUUAUCAUGAAACUUAUGAAACAAAAUGCCGGGAGGCAAGAGGAAGGGAUUUCCAUCGUGCGAAAAUUCCACCCAUUUUCGAUACGAAAUCACCAUCGAAACCAAGUUUCAGUGCAGUGACUCGAAUAAUAUUUCGUUUUGAUAUGCAAACAGGAACAGUAUGUCCAUCGAGAAAGAAGGAAGAAGGAAAUUCUUCGAGGGUGCAUAUCGCAUGAAACUGACUAACGGAUUUUACGUUUUCUUGUUUGGCCUAACCACGAUACUUACUUUUUGCAAAGCGAAACAAGUAGAUAUCGAUGGAUUUCAAAGAGGUUGCAAACUUGAAGGAUUACAUCCACUUUUGAUCGUUACGUACAAGAAUAUUACGAUAUCCGUAGACAAGAUUACUGUACCGCAUGGGGAACGCGUUACAGUGAGGUGUAGAGAGCUUGGCAAGUACAAGCUGAUCGGCGAUUCUCUGUUGCACUGUCGUAACGCAAGUUGGAACGGGAAACUACCCUCUUGUACUCCGACCACAGCGAUUUCUAAUUAUACAGGAGAAACAGAGGAUGUACCUCCAACGAUCGUGUUCGGAUUACCGGCCGGUUCAGCUGCGGUCGAACCAUCCGGCGCCCUCGCCGUUUUCCCCGGAAGCAUCCUCCAUCUUGAAUGCCUGUUCGCCAGGAAACUUGGCAAUCCCGAGUGGACUUGGACCUCGACCUUUCGCCAAUAUUUAACCGGAUGGGCAAUCGCUGCUCGUGAAAGGGAUUGGAAGUAUCGGUUGUCGAUAUAUUACGCGAAGGCUCAAGAUUCGGGAGUGUACACGUGUUCUACGCCCCGUGGGUUAUCCAAUUCGAUACGGGUCCACGUCGUGGAUGUCCAAUGUCCCGUUUUGAAUUUACCCGAACCGUUAAUUGGCAAAAUCGAAGGUGCGCGGAUGGGUCAUGGAGCAGCAUUCGAGUGUCCUGCUGGUUUUAAAUUGAAAGGCGCGGCUGGUAUAACAUGCCAAUAUAACGGUAAAUGGUCAGCAGAAAUGCCGGAAUGCAUAACAAUUACGUGCCCAUCCGUGGAAACGCUCGAUGACACGCGGCUGCAACUUCUCGAAUACAAUAAUACUUUCGGUAGUAGAGCAAUAUUUACCUGUAUGUGGGGUCAUAAAUUAUUAGGACCACAAAGCAUAGAAUGUCAAGGCGAUGGUUCGUGGAGCGGCGAUAAGCCUAGUUGCGUAGAAAUCACUUGUCCGAUUCCACUGAUACCAAAGAGCGGGCGUAUUAUGGAACAAACGAAUCGACAUAAUUCAGGAAGGAAGCAGCAUCAAACACGUGUGUACAAAGUUGGAGCGCUGGUCAGAUUUGUUUGCUUGCCUGGUCAUCAGCUGUUAGGUGAGGCCUCUAUAAUAUGUACAGAGAAUGGAACGUGGUCUCAUCCGUCUCCUGUUUGCAAAGUGAGAUGUCCGUAUCCAGGUGAUCCGCCUCAUGGACGUAUUGCGCCUCUUAAAUUUUGGUACAAACCAGGUGAUAACAUACAAGUAACAUGUUCUCCGGGAUACGUAACGCCUUUGGAACCAGUAAGAAAGCCGACCUGUCGGGAGAAUGGAAUAUGGAGCGCACCCCCGCCACCUUGUAGAUCGUAUAAAGAUGUUUAAAGAGAGAGAAAGAGAGAGAAAAAUUGAAGGAAAACAUUAGGAUUUCGUACCAAUGUAUCAUGUUGUAAGGUGCGAAAAAAGUUCAAUCCCAUACCGUACCGCCUGAUUUGAAUGAAUUAUGAACAUGCUACUGAUGUGCAUAAAAAAGAAUUCCAAUUGCGAGAAAAACAUAUUAUACACACGAAUUCUGUGGUGCAUAAAUUAGCACAAUUCACACUUUGAUCGAAAAAAAAGUAAACGAUACAUAUCAACGAAUCUACUACACGAUCGAAUUUUUUGAAAUUCAUAAUUCAAGAUGAAUUAAUCGCCUGUAUCGAUGAUUGUUUUCUCGACAAAAAAAUGUCAAUCCCAAUAAUGAUUGUUAAACAUUGUAUAUUGCUAUUUGAGAUAUUAUACAUUUUGCGCGCGUUGUAAGAAAUUUUUGACGACGACGGUACGUAAAUCUAGAUUCCAAUUUUGAGGUUAUGUUUAGUCGAGGAUAUACCUCGAUGAUUGUAACCUCGCAAGUUAUUUAAUAUUAAUACUAAUAAUAAUAAUAAUAAUAAUAAUAAUAUCGGACAUUUUUUUACUAACAAAAACUAUUACAAUAUACGAUACAAUAUAAAAUUACGAGAAAAAAAAAAAAAAAAAAAAAACAAAUGGAGCAACGAUCGUGUCAUUUAAAAAGAAGUUGUAUGAGCUUAGAAUAGAAAAGCCAAAUAGAAUUGCGUGCACAAUACGAUGAUAAAAGAAGAAAGAAAAGAAAGA